AUGCGAAUUUAUUUUUCAAUUAUUGAAAUUAACAUCAAUAAAGUGGCGGGGGCAUCAAAUAAUAAUGGCAAAGGGGGUCGACCAGCCGCCCCAGUUGACGUGGGAUCUCCUUUACUCGAUUGGGAGGAAGGAGAUCAUUUUAGCUUCGAAGAUUCGGAACGUUUUGAAGAAGAUUCCUUGUGCAGCUGGACUUCGGAACCUGAGAGUCUUUGCAAUAAUUGGCGAGGAUGGAAAAGACCAAACCCCCAAAACGCUUUCGGUACCCGUUCUACGAAAAAAACUGUUCAAGAAAAAUCAGUGUCAACCCUAAGUGAAUUGGCAGCAAAAUGUGUAGCAUGUCAUAUACCAUUUGAACUGGUUGAACAUGUUUAUCCACCUGUGCCUGAACAACUGCAACUUCAAAUUGCGUUCUGGAGCUUCCCAGACAGUGAAGAUGACAUCCGCCUAUAUUCCUGCCUUGCAAAUGGAUCAGCAGAUGAAUUUCAAAAAGGAGAGCAUUUGUUCAGAGACAGAGCUGUUAAAGAUGUUUUACAAAUUGGUUUCCAUCUAUCAGCAACAGUUACACUCAUCAUGAGUAGAACUCAGUGCAAUGUGGCAGUAACAUUUGACCGACAGAAAAUUUCUUCUUGUAAUUGCACUUGUUCAUCAUCAGCACAUUGGUGUUCGCACAUUGUUGCUGUUUGCCUUUACAGAAUACAUUUACCAACACAAGUAUGUCUUCGUGCGCCAGUCUCAGAGUCACUUCAACGGUUAAGAAGAGAUCAGCUACAGAAGUUUGCACAAUAUCUCAUAUCAGAAUUGCCACGACAAGUGCUUCCCACAGCUCAAAGAAUUCUGGAUGAACUUCUAUCCGCUCAACCAAACCAGAUUAACACGACCUGUGGUGCACCGGACCCGACUGCAGGGGCGUCCGCCUUUGAAUACACAUCUUGGUUCUUGGAUGAGAAGACUUUACAUAAUAACAUCAACAAGAUUUUAGUCAAAUUUUGUGUCCCAGCUCCAAUUGUGUUUAGUGAUGUGAAUUACCUUAGCACCAGCGCACCGCCGGCCGCGGCCGAGUGGUCGUCUCUCUUGCGGCCGCUGAGAGGUCGCGAGCCGGAGGGCAUGUGGAACUUGCUGUCCAUAGUACGGGAGAUGUUUAAGAGAAGCGAUAGAAACGCUAUACCGUUGCUGGAAAUAAUCACCGAGGAAGUUAUGGCUUGUGAACAGAUAAUAGUGUGGUGGUACAGUACGAAGGCGGCUCUAGUGGCGUGGGGCGGAGGCGGCAAGCACGGCGCGGCCGGCAACUCGGCCGCUCAGCACGCCUGCUCCUCGCUCUGCGACGAGGUUGUAGUCCUAUGGCGCCUUGCAGCAUUAAAUCCGGGCCUGGCUCCUUACGAACGUGAUACCUUGCAUGAGCAAUUUGCUCAGUGGCACAUGAAAGUUCUGGAUAAGGUGGCGAAGAACCGCAACAACCACAUGAACACGUCGUCGUCCCACCCGCGGCACUCCCGCGCGCACUCGCACCCGCCGUACAUCAACGGUAUCAGCGAGAACGAAGUGUUUCCAGGCUUCCACCCCGCUAUGGAAGCAUGCUUCCUAGAAUGGGAUGACUAUCAGAUACCAGGAGUCACUUACACAAAGGAUUUAAACCCGCUAUAUCACAGUCCGUUCACUAUAUUCCGGCAUACGGAUAAGAAUGAUAGUGUUCAUCAGGUGAACUCAUCAAAGGCAGUAUUGAACAACGAGAUGUCGUUAAGCUACCGUCUCACGAACCCAGACCCGGCCCUCAUCGGCCACCGCACAUUGAUACACAGGAACAACCGUAUUACCGUCGACAUUGCUGUGCCCGGACCUUCUAGUCAGCCAUGCGGAUCCGGUGAAGGACCAAGUGAAGUAGUUCGGGACACUGGCCCUAGUGAUGGCAACCAUUCUAGUGUGUCAUCUGAAGGAUUUUGCGAGAACGAAGAAGAGAUACUGCAGCAAAGCGGCGGCGAUACCGACUCACAGGAGUCUAGCUCCGCGGGCGCGUCGUCCGACGACGCGGUGCGCCGAGUCUCCCACGACGACUCCGUGUCCGACGACGACUGCAACCUGUACUACUACGACGCGGCGGCGGCCAGGCGCGUCGCCGUCGACGCCGCCGGCGCUGGCCAGAUACUUGCGCACACGAGUGCAAGCGGCAGCGGGCGUGGGGCUAGCACCCUAGCGAGCUGGGGCUGCGGCUGGGAGGUGUCGUUCGCGCGCGCCGAGGGCCUGCACGCGCACGGACACGCGCGGGACGCGUGCGCGCUCGGCGCCCGCCUUGCUGCCGAGUUGCUGGCCAGUCCGCCUGCGCUUGGUACCGGUGGUGGCGCCGGCGUGGGGUCGGUGCUGAGCGCGGCGGCCGAGGCGCGGCGCGCGCGCCGCCGCCACGCGCCGUCGCCGCGCCUGUGCGCCGCCAGCCACCGGCUCUCGUGUCUCGCGUCCGCCACGCUCGCCAAGUGUGCUUUCCUGUGCACUGUUUUGGCAGAGUUUAACGAACAUCAUGAGUUAGCUUUCCGAGUUGGAUUGUACGCUUUAGAAAUGGCCCGUCCGCCGGCCAGCACCAAGGCACUUGAGGUGAAACUUAACAACCAAGAAACGGAAUUAGUUGCCCUGUUAAAGAAACUGCCCACUGGAGUAGAACAACUUGUAUUGGCAAGAGAAAAGGCGGAGCAGUUACGCGAUGGGACCCUCAGGAAUCGUGGCCCGGCUUUGUUGCCGAUAGCAUUGGCUAGUUAUCUGUUUGACGUUCUGGUACUAUCUGCCACUGACAAAGAAAACAAACAUCCUGCAAGGAGUCCGACAGACGAAGCGUUAGGUUUCGAAGCGGCGGUGGCGGCUCUCGGUCUAAAGGCAAAUGUAUCGGAAGCGGAACAUCCGUUGCUAUGUGAAGGAACUCGCAGACAACGCGGCGAAUUGGCUCUCACUUUGUUGUCUUUCUAUAAAGAUGACCCGGUCAAGUUGGCCAGGAUUAUGAAUAAGCUAUUAGAUCGAGACAUCCACCAGCUAACAAAGGGGCCCAUGGUGAGUAUGUACUACACGAACAACCCGAGACUGGCCGCGUACCGCAGCGACGCCGCCGUGUACAGCCACCAGGCGCACGCGCAACACUCGGCGCCUGUGCAGCAAUCGGUUAUGUCGGUAUCAGCGUGUCCUUUAGUUGGUGAAAUGGAUCGUCUAACAGUGUCUGAAGGUGGACCGUCUCCGCCCGCCAUGAUGCACUUGACGCAUCAAACACACCAAACUCAUCAAGUUCAUCAAACCCAUCAAUCUCAUCAAUCGCACCAGACGGCUCAUCAAUCACAUCAAUCACACCAGUCCCACCAGUCCCAUCAAUCACAUGCACCUGGGCAUCAAUCUCUGCCAAGGCUCAAAGAUUCCAGAUACAAAGGCAAGCGCUUGUACCCAUCUGUACCCAACCAGCCAUCUGAAGCAUCAGCACACUUUAUGUUUGAGCUGGCAAAAUCAGUACUGUUCAAAGCUGGAGGUUCAUCAAGUACAAGUCUCUUCACACAAACAUCAUGUGCUAGAGAACAUCAUGGGCCACACAGAGGAUUACACAUGGCCGCCUUCCAAUUGGGACUCUAUGCACUGGGAUUACAUAAUUGUGUUAGCGCAAAUUGGUUGAGUCGUACUUAUUCGUCACAUGUUAGCUGGAUUACAGGCCAAGCCAUGGAUAUUGGGGCGCCAGCAAUUUUGUUCCUAAUUGAUGCUUGGGAAGGCCACCUCACACCGCCAGAAGCUGCAGGAAUUGCAGAUAAGGCGUCGUCAGGCUGCGACGUGCACAUGGUGCGCGCGGCGGCCGAGCUGGCGCUGUCGGUGCUGCCGCACGCGCACGCGCUCAACUACAACGAGAUCCAGCGCGCCGUGCUGCAGUGCAAGGAGCAGAGCGACGCCAUGCUCGAGCGCGCCUGUCUCACUGUCGAGGCGGCGGCUAAAGGUGGCGGUGUAUACCCCGAAGUGCUGUAUACCGUAGCCCGCUACUGGCACGAGCUGUACUUACGCCAGGCGAGCGAAGAAGGCGAAGGAGCACCCGAAGAGACACAAUACCGCGCCCCUCCCCCACUCGCCGUGCCUUUACCCUACCCCCUGCCCUACCCCUUUGCGUAUCACCCCUACCCUCCACCGAUAUAUCAGCUGCAGGUUACCCAUCCCACACAGUACGGAGGAGCGGCAACAGCACACCCGGGUGCGCAGUACGCGCUGCAGCCGUACUUCGUGCGCGGCAUCGUGGCGCCCACGCACCCUCACCCGCCGCACCCGCAACACCCGCAGCACGCGCCGCACCCGCCGCUGGCGCAGCACGUGCCGCACCCGCCGCACCCGGCGCACCCGCAGCCCAUUGCUGUUAAUGAAAACAUGGUGUUCCAACAGCACCCAGCGCCUAUCCCGCCUCCUAUGCCAGCGACACAUGUGACUGUCCCGCAGCCGGGAAUCAGCGCAGUGGGAGUUGCUGCCGUUAACGCAGUGGGUGCAGUGGGCGCAGUGAGCACAGUGAACACGGUCAGCGGGCCGGUCAGCACGGUAGGCGCCAGCGGCGUGGGCCCGCCCGCCCUGCCUCAAGCGCAACUACGCCGCCUCCUAGCAGCCUACCGUGUGGGCAUGCUGGCUCUAGAGACCCAAGCGCGAAGGGUUCAUGAUGACCGUCCUCAGAAUAAAUUUGGAAGGAAUCCACCGUACGGCGAGCACGUGAAGUGGCUACUGCGCAUCUCGAAGCGGCUCGGCGCGCAGUACCUGCACCAGUUCUGCGUGUGCGCGGUGAACUCGGUGGUGUCGCCGUUCGUGCUGUACGAGCUGUGCGUGGAGUCGGCGCACUGGCUGGCGCGCGGCGGCCCGCACCACCUCGUCAUGCAGCACCUGCGCGGCACGCUGGCGCCGCUCGUGCACAAGUGUCAGCAGAUGUAUAUUCAAUGCAUACAUCAAAAGCUGUAUCACUUGACAUCAGUUGAAUAUGAAGAGUUCGUGGGAAUCGUACUGUCGGCGCGGACCGCCUUCCAGCUCACACCCGAAGGCAACACGCAAUUUAAAGAAUGGCUUGCCUCGUUACGCAGAUCAAAGUCGUGCAAGAAAGAUCUAUGGACGCAACUGAACGCAGCGCUGCAGACGAACGGCAAA